AUGGCAUCCGCUAAGCGUGAGGCUCUCUCUGCAUGCACGUCGGUGGAGUCCAUGGGUAGUUCGAUGGCUUCAAUGCCCUACUACCUAUCCAAGGGUACCAACGAGCUUGUGGCUUCCUCAGUUGAUGAGGCCGUUUCUGCCCUGAAGUCCGUGUUGUUGAUGACUAUCACGGGCGUCGGGGAGAUCCUUUGGUUUGUCAUUAACAUGAUGUACUCCACCUACGCCUGUCUCAUUACAAUGGCCGUUCGUGGCACAGUAGGGGCCGGGAUCGAAUUGAUCAAGGAAGCUACUGAGUGGAUCAACAAAACCCUGAAGACAAUCAGUGGCGACAUUGAGAGUACCGUCGACGAAUACAAAGACGAACUGAACUCAUUCCUCGAGACAAUCAACAAAGUGGCUAGCGUGUUCUCGGAUGAUCCUAGUCCAAUCAACCUCAACGGCACAAUUAGCACGCUGGAGAAUUUGUCUCUUCCGUCGUCAGUUAACCGCACGGUCGAAAAAUUGGACAGCAUCGUCCUCCCCAACUUCAAAGAGAUCCAAAAUUACACAAAGACCCUCUUCGAAACACCCUUUAAAGAAGUCAGGGAUUUGGUCAACGGCACUUUGGGCACUUACAGCUUCGAUCGAUCCGCUCUCCCGGUCCCUGCCAAGACACAGUUGACCUUUUGCAACGACAACAAAGGAAUCAACGAUUUCUUUAACGGUGUCACUAAGCUGACACUAAAGGCACGCAAAAUAUUCAUUGCUGUCCUCGUCAUUGCUGCCAUAUUGGUGUGCAUUCCAAUCGCUUGGCAAGAAAUCCGCCGAUGGCGCUCAAUGAAAGAGCGCUCCCAGCUAGUUCGCAAGGAAGCCCAUGACCCAAUGGACGUUGUCUACAUUGUCUCACGGCCAUACACCGCCGCUGCAGGUAUCAAGGCAGCAAGUCACUUCAGCAAUAGUCGCCGACAGAUCCUCGUUCGAUGGGCUAUUGCGUACGCAACAUCCAUCCCUGCUCUUUUCGUGUUGGCUCUUGCACUAGCGGCACUAUUCGGUUGUCUGUGUCAAUACCUCCUCCUGCACUCGGUGAAACAAACGGUUCCCGCACUGAGUGCUGAGGUGGGCGAAUUCGCAGACAAGGUCGUCGGCGCACUAGAAAGUGCCUCGACAGAUUGGGCUACCGACGCCAACAAAGCAAUCAUCAAUCUCGACACUGACCUAAACCACAAUGUCUUCGGCUGGGUCAACACCAGCACGCACGCCAUAAACGGGACUCUAAAUUUCUUCAUCUACAACACAUCCAGCGUUUUGAACGAGACCUUCAAAGGCACCCUUCUACAAGAACCGGUCUACGAGUUAUACGAGUGCCUCAUCGGCCUCAAAGCAGAGGCACUCCAAAAGGGUCUGAACUGGGUAGCUGAUCAUGCACAUAUCUCCCUCCCCACUCUUCCGAACGACACAUUCUCCGCCGGUGCCGCCUCCAGCAUCAAUGAUCCCUCCAAUCCCUCCGACAGCUUCCUCGCUGAUGCUGGCGAUCAGACAGCCAACAAAAUUACCGAGGUUGUCAUCAGUGUGAUCAACAAACUGGAAGCAGCGGUGCGCAUCGAAGCCAUCAUUGCAACUGUCAUUCUCCUUCUCUGGGUGUUCAUUGCCUUGAUUGGUAUUAUUCGUGCCAUGAUGCUUUUCUGGAGUCGCGACAAAAGCCGCGGCGAGGGGGCCAGGGUCAUACCUUAG